GCCACAAAGGCAAGAACAAGGAAGGCAACGCCUUCCCGGCCUACGACGCUAUGCCGAUCACCCCUGCAGUGACUGCGGCGACUGCGGCUACCAGUACCCAGUCAGCUCCACCCGAGGAUUUCGAGGUCCCCACGGUCCAGAAAGCUCUCAACCAGGCCAGGAAGACCGAACUGAGGCUACAGAAAUUGGUUACCGAGAGGCAUCGCUCUACGAUGCAGUGGGACCAGUACGUGCGAAACCAGAAGAAAGCCUAUUUGGAGCAGAAACAGCGCCACCUCCAGGCGCUCGAAGCCUACGAUCACGAGAUCCAAGCAGCCAAGGAGGCCCAGAAUGUGGCGAGACUGCAGCUGCGACAGACGGUCUUGAACGAGCAGCAGACGGGCGCCAUGGAAGGGGUUGUCAGCGUGGAGGACGCGGAAUGGGACACGAUGCUUGCAUCGUGGGAUCAAGAACGCACAGAGACUGCGGACGGGGUGCUUCGGCGAGCCCUGUUAGAGGCGACAGCCACGCGCACCCCUCUACGGUCGACUACGGCUGCGCCGCGCACUCCACCGGCUGCAUUGACAGUGCGAACCGAUGCUGUUCUACCUACCCCUACCUUGCCAGCCGCUGCUUAUACCAGCAGACCGGAGAGCUCGACGAGAGACCCAUAUCAAGUGGCCUCUCCUGUGGUCGCAACGCCACAUGGAGCGCCGCAUACAAGCCACACAGGAGGAUAUGGCGUUAUGGUGGAGCCUACAGAACGCCCUUCUCCCUACUCGGGCGUUUACGCAACGAAGGAGGAGGCGGCAGCCGUGGGCGUCAUACCCCAUCCCAGUUUGGCGGAGCGCGUCCAGGCAAAGAAGGCCGCUCUAGGUGCAGCUCUUACACCCUUCGGAUCGGGCAAAACAGUAACGCCUCCUGGAUUGGGAGGCGAGGCCGCACCCAGUACGACCACGCCAUCCGGAAUGGUUCCGACGGUGCUGGAGGACGACGACGACGAGGAUCUACAAGAGCCAGGUCAGGACAGCAGCUAUAUGCCAGCACUUGGUGGCCUGGAGUAA